AUGGCAUCAUCUAUCCUCGACCAGUUCCGUCUCAACACAGACGAGGGCUGGCUGCCAGCUUGGUUACUGAUCGUAUCAGUAAUCUCUGCCGCAAACUCCGCCCAAUCCUACCUCAGCCCUCUAUACCACUCUCAAAUCUUCAUUGGCUCCCGUCGCACCAACAAUAAAUCCCCCUCCACACCGCUCGCUGCACGCACAUUCGGUACGUGGACGUUCGUGUCUGCUGUUAUCCGCGCCUACGCCGCAUACAACAUCCACAACCCCGUGGCAUACGAUAUGGCUAUUUGGACAUAUGGAAUUGCGCUGGUACAUUUCACGACGGAAUGGCUUGUGUACGGAUCUGCGGAGUUCAGGGGCCGGAUUGUAUUUCCGUUUUUGUUUGCCUCGGGGGCUUUGGUGUGGAUGGGGUUGGAGAGAGGGUAUUAUCUUGCUUAA